AUGCGCUCGAGCUCCGGAUUCGUGGCCUUUUGCCUGCUCGCUUUUGUCCGGCCGGCUGCUGGAGUUUCUGCGAGCAGAUCUACCCAAGAUGUGGACGAGUGUGUGGAGACCACAGACAACUGCAGCAUUGAUGCGAUCUGCCAGAACACACUCAAAUCCUACAAAUGCAUCUGCAAGUCCGGUUAUAAAGGAGACGGAAAACACUGUGAAGAUAUUGAUGAGUGUGCGACUGAUUAUAAUGGAGGAUGCGUCCACGAGUGUAUCAACAUCCCGGGGAACUACCGGUGCACGUGCUACGACGGCUUCCGCCUGGCCCACGAUGGCCAUAACUGCCUGGAUGUGGAUGAGUGUGCGGAGGGUAACGGAGGCUGUCAGCAGGUGUGUGUGAACAUGAUGGGGAGUUACGAGUGUCGAUGUAAAGAGGGCUUCUUCCUGUCCGAUAACCAACACACCUGCAUCCAGCGGCCCAAAGUGCGCAUCAACGGCACUAAAGAAGGCCCGAGCUGUAUGGAUAAGAACCACGGCUGUGCUCAUAUCUGCAGAGAGGCUCCUAAAGGAAUCGCCUGCGAGUGCAGACCAGGCUUCCAGCUCACCAAGAACAACCGAGACUGCAAACUGACGUGUAACUAUGGUAAUGGGGGCUGUCAGCACAUCUGUGAGGAAGGGGACCCUGCACCGCGCUGCUCCUGCCACAUGAAGUUCGUACUGCACUCCGAUGGCAAGACGUGUGUGGAGGAAAGGAGUGUCCAGCAGCAGCUACAUCAGCCACAGCUGUUACCCAAUGAGACGUGUGCAGUGAAUAAUGGAGGUUGUGACAGCACAUGCCAUGAUGCGCUAACAGGGGUUCGCUGCAGCUGUCCAGUCGGGUUUGCUCUCCAGCCUGACCGCAAGACAUGCAAAGAUAUCGACGAGUGUCGCAUGAGUAAUGGCGGCUGCGAUCACAUGUGCAGGAACACGGUGGGAAGCUUCGAGUGCAGCUGCAGGAAAGGCUACAAACUGCUGACCAAUGAGAGGACCUGUCAAGACAUAGACGAGUGCUCCUUUGACCGGACGUGUGACCACACCUGUGUGAAUUCUCCGGGCAGUUUUGAGUGUCACUGUCAUAAAGGCUACGUCCUGUAUGGAGUCGCUCACUGUGGAGACAUUGACGAGUGCAGUAUAAACCGCGGCGGCUGUAAGUACGGCUGUGUGAACACACUGGGCAGCUACGAGUGUACCUGCCCACCAGGACACAAACUGCAGUGGAACAGGAAGGACUGCAUUGAGGUGGUGAAGUGUGCGUCCAGUCUGGUGGCUCCUAAAGCCACGCUGUCCUGCAGCAAGACGGGCUGCUCCCUCACCUGUGCGUCUAAAGCGCACUACCUGGCAGAGUCUGACAGCAGUUACUCUGUUAGCUGUGGAGUUCCUGUACUACGAGGCAAAGGCCAAAGCAAAGCUAACUCCAGCAACAGCCAAGGCUGCAUAGAGACUCUGGCUCCUCCAGUGAAGCAAACAGCCUCGUUCCGAAUCAAAAACGCCAAGUGCCACCUGCACCCCAAACUCAGGGGACGAGCAGAGGACGGAGGCAGGCAGAUUGGACCAGGUGGUCAGCUGUGCAACAACUGUCAGGUCACCUUCGUCAACCUGAAGUGUGACUCCUCCAAGAAGGCCAGAGGGCGGCGCACGCGUAACCCGUCAAAUAAAGAGAUUACACGCAUCACUCUGGAGCUGGAGGCAGAGGUUAAACCGGGGGACACUACCGGGAGCUGUGACCUGAGCUGUGUGAGGAAGCAGAUGGAGCAGAAGAUGAAGUCCUCCAUCAAAGCGCUGAAGAAGUCCAUUAAUCAGGAGAGGUUUCUGAUCCGCGUGGCGGGGCUGGAGUAUGAGGUGGCUCAGAAAGGGGCCACGGAUAAACACGAAAACUGCGGCCCGGGGAAAGAGAAGGACAGCGGCCGCUGUGUCAGAUGUUUGCCCGGGUCGUAUUAUCAUGGUGAGAUGGAGCGCUGUGUCCAGUGUCCUCCUGGAACCUUCCAGGAGCGUGAGGGUCAGCUAGCCUGUGACCUUUGCCCUGGAGGAGAUCGCCACGGCCCACCAGGCGCCCGCAACAUCACUUCCUGCUCAGGUCAGUGUUCACCUGGUCAUUACUCGGGUGAUGGCUUUAAGCCGUGCCAGCCCUGCCCUCGGGGCACGUACCAGCCGGAUGGUGGCAGGACCCUCUGCUUCCCCUGCGGAGGAGGACUCGACACCAAGAAAGAGGGAGCCGUCUCCUUCCACGACUGUGAAGUUAAGGUGUCUUGUGCGGCGGGACAUUACUACAACACCUCCGUCCACCGCUGUAUCCGCUGUCCUGUGGGCACCUACCAAUCAGAAUUAAAACAGAACUACUGCAUCUCCUGCCCUGGAAACACCACCACUGACUUUGAUGGAGCCACCAGCGUCUCUCAGUGCAAGAACAGGGAGUGCGGAGGUGAAAUCGGAGAGUUCAUCGGGUACAUCGAGUCUCCCAACUACCCUGGAGAUUACCCUGCUAACGUGGACUGUAUAUGGACCAUCAACCCCCCCAGCAAGCGCAAGAUUCUCAUCGUGGUGCCAGAGAUCUUCCUCCGUUCCGACGAUGACUGUGGAGACGUGCUGGUGAUGAGGAAGAACUGGUCAGUGACCUCCAUAACCACCUACGAGACGUGUCAGACGUACGAGCGGCCCAUCGCCUUCACAGCUCGCUCUCGACGCCUCUGGAUCAACUUCAAGUCCAACGACGCGAACAGCGCUCGCGGCUUCCAGAUCCCUUAUGUCACUUAUGAUGAGGACUACGAGCAGCUGGUUGAAGACAUCGUCAGAGACGGGAGACUCUACGCCUCUGAAAACCAUCAAGAAAUCCUGAAGGACAAAAAAUUAAUCAAAACGCUCUUCGACGUGCUGGCCCACCCACAGAACUACUACAAGUACACGGCUCGGGAUUCCAACGAGAUGCUCCCGCGAUCCUUCAUCCGCCUCAUCAGCAGCAAAGUCUCAGCCUUCCUCCGGCCAUACAAGUAGCCAGAAACGUCCACCGGCAUCAUCCUCCGACCGCCUCUAUUACCAGCCUUCAGUCUCCUUCAGUCGACUUAGCACACGUUUUAUAAAUCCAGUCAUGGUUAGCAAAACUACACCUUGAGCAGCUUCGAAAACAGCGCACUAUGCAGAUCUACAUCUACAACAUCUGGCUUUUUAUCCGUUUAUUCUCAUCAGUCAUCUCCUCUAAGAAAAAGGGUAUAUAUGUGUAGAUGAGUUGAACAGAACCGUCUCCUCAAGUUGAUAAAUCGGGGAGGGUUUGUAUGUUUGGUUCCUCUUUAUGUGUCUGUCACCACUCUGUGUUCGUGUUUUUGUGUUUGUUUUAGUCAUUUGAAUGUUUGUUUGUUUGUUUGUUUGUUUGUAUGCUGUCGUUCUCAGUCCUGACACCUCUUGCGGUGAUGUUUUGUUUGGUGUGAAAGGGCUGGUGUAUCCCGUACCACAUAACUGCGUAUGUGGAACCACAGUUUUGGCAAAAGAGGACGAGAGUUUUCUGUCGACAAAAGAAAGAAGUGCACUGAGAAAAGUGAUGCGUAGAAAUGACCGUAUUACAUCAGCGUAGGUUUGUCUUCCUGUUUGCUUAUGUUGCCAGUAAUUAUGUGAAAGUACAGGACUGUGCAAAACUCAGACCCUUCAUUUACUUUAAUGUUCAGUCUGAGCAGCCAUUAAGUACAGGCUGUUCACUUCUCAC